CAGGGGUUCAUCGGUCUGAACCGUCGCAACCAAUACGAGACAGAGCUCAAGCGUGGGAUGAUCUACACACUGACCAACUACUAUGCAUCGAACAGCAAGGUGAUGUACCAUGUUGCUGACCAGAGGCUGGUCAUUUGCAUCUCACACGCCUCUGAGCUGAGGAAGGUGGAAGAAGACAAUGAAGCCAUUUUGACAGAGCGCUUCAGAAUCCAUUCCUUUGCAGAUUUUGAAGCCAACUGUGAUCUCAGAGGAGAUCUUCAUGGUAAGAUUUAGUUGUUCUCUUACCAAGUUUAGACCAGUACAGCUUCCCAGUUGAUUGUUUGUAACUGUCUGAGUAACAAUGAGUGUAACUUUGUGUUGUAGAUGUUGUCGGCCACCUUAAGCUGGUUGAUGGGCAUCCUCUUCAUCAGCGUCCGGUUUUGUGCAUCAAGGAUGACUCAGCUUCUCGGAAAGUGAUGGUUCAUUUGCAACUUAAAGAUGGUCCAGUGAUUAACGUGUACCUAUGGGACGAGGCUGCGGAGAAUUUCCGCGUCAAAUUUGACGCAUGUGCAGAAACUCCAACGGUUCUGUUGGUUACAACUGUCAAUCCGAAGAGACUCGGUGGGAAAUUAUGCCUAAGCUCAAUGUCUUCAUCAAGAGUGUUUUUGGAUGAAGAGGUUGACCCCACCAAGGAAUACUUGGCCUGGUUGACCACGAACCCUGGUGCAACUUCUUCAGUCAAUCCUGUUGAGGUGGUUAAAGCUGAAACACUGACAAUAAGUGAGAUUGCUGCCUUCAUCAAGCGUGAGCCUGCUAAGGUUGCCUACUUUGACUGCAUUGCCACAAUUGAUGAUGUCAAGCAUGGCACUGAGUGGUAUUACAUUGCUUGCAAGGAUUGCCAGACGAAGCUAAACCGCGGGCCGACAACACUGCUUUGUCCAAAAUGCGACAAUGAAAAUGCAACUGCAGUAGCCAACUACCGGGUGGAGAUGUCUGUCUAUGAUAAUGAGGAGCAGUGCACGUUCAUCAUUCUCGGAGAUGCUGGGAAAGAGCUCACUGGCAGAAAAGCAACAGAGCUGAUCGUACUGUAUUUGCCCCAGCCCGUUUUCACCCAUGGGCAGCUCUAUGUUGGUCUUUCCCGAGUUACUACCAAGUCAGGCCUCAAAAUUAUACAAGGAAAGGAUCAAAAGAUAGGAAGGGUCAAAAACAUUGUCUACAAAGAAAUAUACAACGGUUUACCAGAAUCAAUAUCCAAUGAUCACCCAGAGCAGGCUUCCCGGAAUCUUCAACAACUUCCUAUACCAUAA